GGAAACGGAUCUUCACGUUUGAUUGAUUAAGGGCUGAGUGCUCUUCUGCGAUCUACAACUGAGAAUUGUACAAUUGAUAAAUCCCUAAACUCAAAUUGCAGUGAUUCCGAUUGAAUUAAAAAGUAAAGUGUAUUUAAUAUAUAUAUAAUUUUUUAAACAUAAAAAAUGAUGGGCUUAUUGCAAUCACGUACAGUGGCUUCCACUAAAGAUUUUUUACUAAAAUCAUUCUGUCGAGGGCGUCACAAUGGCACUGUAAUUGCUAUACGACGUGAAGAUCAAUCUGUUUGGGAACGUAGGGCAGCGUUCGGUCCUUCACAUGUCCAAAAAAUGGUUAAACAAGGUAUCAAAGUGAUUGUGCAACCCUCUAAUCGUCGCGCAUAUCCAAUGCAGGCCUAUCUUCAAGCCGGUGCUAUUAUACAGGAAGACAUAAGCGAAGCAUCCGUGAUAUUUGGCGUUAAGCAAGUACCCAUCGAUGCUUUGAUACCGGGUAAAACCUAUUGCUUCUUUUCGCAUACUAUAAAAGCACAAGAGUCUAAUAUGCCUUUGCUGGAUGCUAUUUUAGAAAAGAAAAUUCGUCUUAUCGAUUAUGAGCGUAUUAUCGAUGAAAGUGGCACAAGAUUGGUGGCUUUUGGUAAAUAUGCUGGUGUUGCGGGUAUGGUGAAUAUAUUACACGGUAUCGGUUUGCGUUUAUUGGCUUUGGGUCAUCAUACUCCGUUCAUGCAUAUCGGGCCCGCACACAAUUAUCGCAACUCUUCCAUGGCUCGUCAAGCAAUACGAGAUUGCGGCUACGAAAUUUCUUUGGGAAUGAUGCCGAAAUCAAUAGGUCCUCUUACGUUUGUCUUUACGGGUUCCGGCAACGUUUCACAGGGCGCUCAAGAAGUAUUCCAAGAGUUACCUGUUGAGUAUGUGCCGCCGGACAUGCUACGCAAGGUGGCUGAGCAUGGAAGUCAAAAUAAACUCUAUGGAUGCGAAGUUAGUCGCGCAGAUCAUUUGAAACGUCGUGAAGGUGGCGGCUUUGAUGCCAAGGAAUAUGAUGAAUAUCCAGAACGAUAUAUUUCUACCUUUAGCCGAAAAAUAGCUCCUUUUGCCUCCGUCAUUGUUAAUGGGAUCUAUUGGGCUGUGGGGAGUCCCAAGUUGAUUAGUAUUCCCGAUGCUAAAAAUCUCUUGAGGCCAGCGAAUACGCCUUGGUUACCUACGAGUAAAGGUAGUCCCGCUUUGCCUCAUCGAAUGUUGGCCAUUUGUGAUAUAUCAGCUGAUCCCGGCGGUUCCAUUGAGUUUAUGAAUGAAUGCACUACUAUUGACACGCCAUUUUGUUUAUAUGAUGCCGAUCGCAACAAAGAUACGAAGAGUUUUAAAGGUCCUGGCGUACUAGUGUGCUCGAUAGAUAAUAUGCCCACGCAAUUACCACGCGAAGCUACGGAUAUGUUCGGUGAAUUGCUGACACCUUUUGUAGGUGAUAUUGUUAAAAGCGACGCGAAGCGUUCAUUGGAAGAGGAAAAGUUCUGUUUUCCCAUUAAAUCGGCGAUUAUUGCCAGCAAUGGCAAAUUAACCGAAAAUUUUGAAUACAUACAAGAGCUACGUGAGUCUAAUAGUUGUCGUUCUCGUCACAAAAUUGAAGGUCGCUCGGAGGCUCAUAAAAAGGUUUUGGUAUUAGGCGCGGGCAUGGUUUCCGCUCCUCUUGUGGAAUGGUUGCAUCGCGAGAAAGAUGUAUUAAUUACCGUAUGUUCCCAAGUUAAAGAAGAGGCUGAUCGUUUAGCUAACCAAUACGCUGGUGUCGACAGUGUUUACCUUAAUGUCACCGAGGGCACCAAUCAUUUGCAGGAAUUAUGUGGCAAAGCCGAUGUCGUGGUUUCUCUAUUACCCUACAGUUUGCACGGCAUGGUAGCCAGAUAUUGUGUAGAUGAGAAGACUCAUUUGGUUACUGCCAGUUAUUUAAAUGACGAGAUUACUGCUCUUCAUGAUGAGGCUCUGCGUAACGGUAUAACCAUUAUGAAUGAAGUUGGUUUGGAUCCUGGCAUUGAUCAUUUGCUGGCUUUGGAAUGCAUACACAGUGCUCAGGAGAAGGGAGGUGUUGUGGAAUCUUUUGUUAGUUUUUGUGGUGGCUUGCCUGCGCCCGAACAUUCUGACAACGCCUUACGCUACAAGUUCUCUUGGUCUCCACGUGGUGUUCUUUUGAACACAUUGUCGGCUGCCAAAUAUUUGAGUCAAGGACAAAUUGUGGAAAUUUCGGGUGGUGGUGAUCUAAUGUCGAAUCCUAAAAGCUUAGACUUCUUGCCGGGCUUCGCUUUAGAAGGUUUUCCCAAUCGUGAUUCUACUAAAUACUCUCAACUCUAUGGGCUUGGACGAGAUGUACACACUUUGUUGCGUGGCACGAUACGCUACAAAGGAUUUUCGGCUUCAGUGCAACCAAUGCAGUUGUUAGGUCUGAUUGAUACAGAGCCGCAUCCUAUGCUACAUCCCGGCGGCCCGGAAGUUACAUGGCGCCAGUUAAUUAUUAACUUAUUAGGACUUACAGAUACCAGCAUAUUUUAUGAGAAUCUGAAACAAAAGUUAAUGGAACGUAUUGGUGAUGUGGAGGUCGUCGAAAGCUUGGGCCUCCUGGAAGACACACCUGUGGUUAAACUGAACACUCCCUUGGACACUUUAAGUCUUUAUCUGUCGAAGCGUUUAGCUUUCGAACGACAUGAGCGCGAUUUGGUUAUUUUGCGGCACGAGGUCGGUAUACGUUGGCCCGACGGCAGACGUGAAGAGCGUGGUAUUAAUUUUGUCGUAUAUGGUCAGCCAAAAGGACAUUCCGCUAUGGCUAUGACGGUGGGAAAGCCAGCGGCUAUAGCGACUAAAAUGAUCCUAGAUGGUGAAAUCCAAGAGCGUGGUGUGCUUUUGCCAUUCACUCCUGAUAUCUAUCGACCCAUGCUGCAACGUUUACGCACUGAAGGUUUAACGGCUACCGAGACCUCUAAGUGGAUACAAUAAAGCGAAAUUUUAGCGUUCAAUACAGUUUCGAAAAUAUUUGUUAAGAUUGUUUUUAAGAUGAUUUUAAAUCUAAACUAAGUAAAAUAAAAAUUUUUAAAGUCUGAAA